UGGAAUACACAAAGAGGUUUCGAACCUCUUUCUUUCUCUUAAGAGGAGAGAGAGCUUCCAAGAAUAAAUAAAAGAAGAAGAAGAAGAGGAAGAAACACCCAAAGGAGAUAAUGGCGGAGGGGCAGUCCCCUGAGAAUUCACCGCCGUCUCCUACACCUCCAUCUCCUUCCUCCCCCGACAACACUCAGCAGCAAUCUCCUCCGUCUCCUAACUCUUCCUCCUCCUCUCCUUCUUCUUCACCACCAGCUCCUCCUCCCCCAGAGAAUUCCUCUCCUCCACCUCCUUCUUCUGACUCGCAACCUCCACCGUCUCCACAACAAGGAAACAAUAACAGCAGCAACAACAACAAUGGUGGGAACAAUGACAAUAACAACAACAACAACAACAAUGGUGGGAACAAUGACAACAACAACAACAACAAUGGUGGAAACAAUGACAACAACAACGGUAAUAACAACAAUAAUGGCAACAAUGGUAAUAACAGCAAUAAUGGCAACAAUGACGGCAACAAUGGGAAUAAUAACAACGGAAACAACGGGGGAGGAAGCAACAAUCAUUCGCCUGCUCCUCCUUCAAGAAACUCCGACCGUCACUCUCCUUCCCCACCGAGAUCCCUGGCUCCACCUAGAUCAAACGGUGGUGGCUCGAACUCUGAUGAUACACCCAACACGGGUGCUAUCGUAGGAAUUGCGGCUGCUGCUGGAUUGUUGCUUCUUGUUAUGAUCUUGUUCUGCCUUUGUUGCUGUCGCAAGAAGAAAAAGAAGAAUCAAAUGCCGUACUACUCAAGCAAUGGGUACGCCACAGGCAAAGGUGAUCAGUACCAACAACAGCAACAACAUUACAAUAACCAAAGCGAUCACGUAAUGAACUUGUCUCAUCAACACCCUGGAUCAAACAGUAACAAUAACUGGAUGAAUUCACCGCCACCGCCACCACCACAGCCAGUUUCAGGCGGUGUAAACAACGGAAACAGCAGCGAGAUUUACUCAGGUCCAUACGGUCCGGCUCUACCACCGCCUCACCCUUCAGUGGCUCUAGGUUUCAACCAGAGCACAUUCACCUACGAGGAGCUAGCUGCAGCAACUCAAGGAUUCUCUAAAGAAAGACUGUUAGGUCAAGGCGGGUUCGGGUAUGUCCACAAGGGAAUACUUCCCAACGGGAAAGAGAUCGCUGUCAAGAGUCUUAAAGCAGGAAGCGGACAAGGAGAACGAGAGUUUCAGGCUGAGGUCGAUAUCAUUAGUCGAGUUCACCAUCGGUUUCUUGUGUCUCUUGUUGGUUAUUGUAUUGCAGAAGGACAGAAGAUGUUGUUGGUUUAUGAGUUCUUACCUAAUGACACACUUGAGUUUCAUCUCCAUGGUAAAAGUGGUAACGUUCUUGAUUGGCCUACAAGGCUCAGGAUUGCUUUGGGAUCAGCUAAAGGACUUGCUUACUUGCAUGAAGAUUGUCAUCCAAAAAUCAUUCAUAGAGACAUCAAAGCUUCAAACAUUCUCCUUGAUGAAUCCUUUGAAGCCAAGGUUGCAGACUUCGGGUUAGCGAAGCUAUCUCAGGACAAUGCUACACAUGUGUCCACUCGUAUCAUGGGAACUUUCGGGUACUUGGCUCCAGAGUAUGCGUCGAGCGGGAAACUAACUGACAGAUCAGAUGUUUUCUCCUUUGGAGUGAUGCUUCUUGAGCUCAUAACCGGACGCAGACCUGUUGAUCUCACUGGUGAAAUGGAAGACAGCUUGGUCGAUUGGGCAAGACCCUUAUGCUUAAACGCAGCUGAAGAUGGAGACUACAGUGAACUAGUUGAUCCACGGCUCGAGGGCCAAUACGAGCCUUAUGAGAUGGCACGAAUGGUGGCUUGUGCUGCUGCAGCCAUUAGACACUCAGCUAGACGCAGGCCUAAGAUGAGCCAAAUUGUUCGGGCUCUGGAGGGAGAUGCAUCGCUGGAUGAUCUAAACGAAGUGAAACCUGGACAGAGCUCACACCUCGGGAGGGGAUCGAGCUCGGACUAUGACUCGAGCACUUACAGUGCGGAUAUGAGGAAGUUCAGGAAAGUGGCGUUGGAUAGCCAUGAGUAUGGUGCAAGCAGUGCUUAUGGGAACACGAGCGAGUACGGGCUUAACCCGUCUUCUUCCAGCAGCGAGGAAGGAGGAUCUAACAACAAAACAAUUCCUAGUCGAGGGCUUUGAUUUAACUGUUAUUUUCAAACAAAUCAACUUCGCUGUGUUCUUGUGUUCUGUUUCCUGUGACAUUGUUUUAAAACCUCUCGUCUUAUGUCAAGAUUCUGACCGUUGCUACAUUUGUUUUUGUGCCUGUAUGUUUUUGUUUUGUGG